AUGCGGCUCCGAUUCUUAGCGUUGGUGUGUCUGUCUUGUUGUUGGCUUGUCUCGGGCGAGGGUGAAAUGGUGUCGUGUUCCGACAUAGUGCCGUUGGGGUACCGCAGCGACAAAAUUUCCAUUACUGAAUUUGGCGGCGUGGGUGAUGGGCGCACCCUCAACACUAAGGCCUUUCGAGAGGCCAUAUACAGGAUUCAGCACUUGCCACGUGAAGGAGGCACGCUCCUUUACGUCCCUCCCGGGGUAUACUUAACGGAACCCUUCAACCUCACCAGCCACAUGACGCUCUUCCUCGCUGCCGGUGCCGUUAUCACGGCCACGCAGGAUUCAUCGAAUUGGCCUUUGAUCGCACCCUUGCCUUCUUAUGGAAGAGGAAGGGAGCUGCCUGGAGGAAGGUAUAUGAGUUUUAUACAUGGAGAUGGUGUUCAGGAUGUGGUAAUCACUGGUGAAAAUGGGACAAUUGAUGGACAGGGAGAUGCCUGGUGGAAUAAGUGGAGGCAGGGAACUCUUCUGUUUACCAGACCAAACCUUGUCGAGUUUGUGAAUUCUAGAGAUAUUAUUAUUUCAAAUGUAAUCUUCAAGAAUUCUCCCUUCUGGAACAUACACCCUGUUUACAGCAGCAAUGUUGUUGUGCGAUUUGUCACCAUUUUGGCUCCACGUGACUCUCCAAACACUGAUGGCAUUGAUCCAGAUUCAAGUUCAAAUGUGUGCAUAGAGGAUUCAUACAUAUCUACUGGAGAUGAUCUUGUGGCUGUGAAGAGUGGAUGGGAUGAAUAUGGGAUUGCUUAUGGCAGGCCUAGCUCUAACAUCACCAUCAGGCGGGUAAGUGGAUCAUCCCCAUUUGCUGGGAUUGCUAUUGGCAGUGAAACCUCUGGUGGAGUGGAGAAUGUACUUGCUGAACACAUCAACCUUUACAAAAUGGGAAUUGGUAUCCACAUUAAGACCAACAGUGGCAGGGGUGGAUUUAUAAAGAAUAUAACCAUGUCUCAUGUGUAUAUGGAGGAUGCAAGGAAGGGAAUGAGGAUCUCAGGUGAUGUUGGGGGCCACCCUGAUGACAAAUUUGAUCCUAAUGCUCUCCCUCUAGUGAAGGGUGUGACAAUUAAGAAUGUUUGGGGUGAAAAGGUUUUGCAAGCUGGCUUGAUACAAGGGGUGAAAAAUUCACCUUUCACUGAUAUUUGCCUGUAUGAUAUCAACCUUCAUGGAGUGACAGGACCUAGAACUCCUCCUUGGAAGUGUUCUGAUGUGUCUGGAUUUGCUCAUCAGGUUAGCCCUUGGCCAUGUUCCGAGCUUAACAGCAACCAGCAGGGAUCAUGUGCCAAUUACUCCUGA